AUGCGGAGAGGAGGAUUCAUGUUGGGGGAGUUGAGAGUCCAAGUGCCGAGAGACGUUUCGACGUGCCAAGAUGACGAUUCUUGGCCCCAGGUCGGCUCCGUGAGAGUAUCGCACGAGUCUGCGUCUCUACGUCAGCCUCAUCCGAAGAGUUUUUUCAGCGGCUUGGCCGAGUUCUGCUUGGCACAGAAGCAAGACGCACGCGAGAACCCUUCUCGAAGGAUGCUAGCCAGGGGUGGCGGUGUUCAAUUGGUUCGUGGGGAGAUGAUAAAGAAAGGUUUGCAGGGGCUUAAUAGCGCCCCCAAUGCUGCUGAAUCACCAACUUCAAAGCCAUCCGACUUCCAUUACUCUACAGUCUAUACCUCACCUCCAUGGAUGCUAACCAGAUGA